CAGUAAAAACGGCGUAGUUGCUUCAUAACUAAAUCUAGAUUCUAGAGUCUAGACCAGACUUCAUUUUCUCUCAGGUCUCUCCAUUUUCCCGCAAAACAAAGAAAGAAAAACAACAUCCUCUAAAACACACGGAAGAAAUGACAAUAAUCACACUUUAGAUUUGAUUUUAUAUAAAAAUAAAAUCCUCAAACCUCUUUUUCUUUCACUUACUACUGAUUCUGAGAGAGUGAAACAAAUUUUACAAUGCCACCACCUUCAGCCUCAGCCGAAGCGGAGUCACUAUUCCGGACCAAAACCAUACCCGAGAUCCGAAAUGUCGAAUCCGCGACCCGCUCCCAGAUCCAGCAGAAACAGGAGGAGCUCCGCCAACUCGUCGGGACUCGCUACCGCGAUCUCAUCGACUCGGCCGACUCAAUCGUCCUGAUGCAGAAGUCCUCCCAGUCGAUCUCCGCCAACGUCUCCUCAAUCUCCAGCACCAUCCGCUCCCUCUCUUUCUCCUCCUCCUCCUCCGAAACCCCCAAGCUCAUCAUCCACCCUAACCCGGCCCGGACCCGAAUCUACGGCAUCGCGUGUCGGGUCAAGUACCUUGUUGACUCGCCGGAGAACAUUUGGGGAUGCCUCGACGAGUCCAUGUUCGUCGAGUCCGCCGCGCGAUACGUCCGCGCGAAGCACGUGUACCACACUCUAACCUCGACCUCGAGCUCCUCCUCCUCCUCCUCCGACGAUCUCUCGGUUUUGUCGAAUUUUCCUCUGCUGCACCAUCAAUGGCAGAUCGUCGAGAGCUUCAAGGUUCAGAUCUCGCAGCGGAGCCGCGAGCGGUUGCUGGAGCGAGAGCUUCCGAUUUCGGCCUACGCCGAUGCGUUGGCUGGCGUCGCCGUCAUCGACGAGAUUCAUCCUAAUCAGGUUCUUUCUCUGUUCCUCGAAACAAGAAAGUCGUGGAUUUUGCAGAAAUUGUUAGGUGUUUUUGAUGAUAAUGGUGGUAGUGCUAGUUGUGAUGCUGUGGUUUCGGUGUUUUGUGAGGUUUUGAGUAUAAUUCAGAUUAGUAUUGGUCAAGUUGGUGAGUUGUUUCUACAUGUUUUGACUGAUAUGCCUUUGUUCUAUAAAGUCGUGCUGAGUUCGCCUCCGGCGGCUCAGUUAUUCGGUGGGAUUCCGAAUCCAGAUGAGGAGGUGAGGCUUUGGAACAAGUUUAGGGAGAAAUUGGAAUCUUUGAUGGUAAUUCUUGAUAAGGGGUAUGUUGCUAGAACUUGUUCUGUGUGGUUGAGGGAAUGUGGGCAAAUGCUUGUGAAAAAGAUUAAUGGGAGGUAUUUGAUUGAUGCGGUUUGUAGUGGGGAAGAGCUUGCUUUGGCUGAGAAGUUGAUAAGGGAGACUGUUGAGAGUAAGAAGGUGUUGGAAGGGAGUUUGGAUUGGUUGAGGAAUGUUUUCGGUUCGGAGAUUGAGUUGCCUUGGAGUAGGAUAAGGGAGCUUGUGUUGGAGGACGAUUCGGAUCUCUGGGAUGAGAUUUUCGAGGAUGCUUUUGUGGGGAGGAUGAAAGUGAUUGUUGACACUGGGUUUGAGGAUCUGACCAGGGUUGUGAAUGUGGCAGAUACGAUUCAUGCUAUUGGGGAGAUUUCUGGUGGGCAUGGGCAGAUUGAUUUCCAGGGGUACUUGAACAGACCUUCUACGGGUGGUGGGGUUUGGUUUAUUGACUCGACUGUUAAGAAGGCGGGUGUGCAUUCUGGAUUUAAAGCACCAGUGGAAGAGAAUGAUUUCCAGAGUUGUCUGAAUGCCUAUUUUGGCGCUGAAGUUAGUCAGAUUAGAGAUGCAGUAGACAGCCGCUGUCAGAGUGUUCUUCAGGACGUAUUGAGUUUCUUAGAAUCUCCAAAGGCAGCACUAAGGUUAAAGGAUCUGGCGCCAUAUGUACAAAAUAAGUGUUAUGAAAGUAUGUCGACUAUAUUGACACAAUUGAAGCGUGAGAUUGAUAAUUUAUAUGCAGCCAUGGAAAAUGCCAACAAGGAAGGUCAGCCUGUUCCACCUGCUAUAACUGUUGAGAGAUCUCUUUUCAUUGGGAGACUCCUGUUUGCAUUCCGAAACCACUCAAAACACAUUCCGGUGAUACUUGGUUCACCAAGGUUUUGGGUAAAUGAAUCUGUAUCUGUAAUUUUUGAUAAGUUACCAUUCUUGUUGAGACAAUCCCGGGUGGCUGUUGAUUCUCCUGUGCCUGAUAGUCCUGGAAGACAAUUGCCCAUUGGCUCUAAAAGACAAACUUCAUCGGCCGCUGCUGCAUUGCGUGGAGCCAUUGAAACUGCAAGCCCAAAACUUGAAGAAUUUAGUAGAACUACACGAGAUCUUUGCAUUCGAGCUCACAACUUGUGGAUAUUGUGGUUAUCAGAUGAACUUUCAGUUUUUCUUUCUCGGGAUCUUGGACAAGAUGAUGCGUUAUCAUCAACAACUCCCUUGAGGGGCUGGGAAGAGACGGUAAUCAAGCAAGAACAGUCUGAUGAGGGCCAAUCGGAGAUGAAAAUAUCGCUGCCUUCUUUGCCUUCUCUUUAUAUUAUCUCAUUUUUAUUCCGAGCAUGUGAGGAAGUUCAUCGAAUUGGAGGUCAUGUCCUUGACAAAAUGAUUCUGCAAAAAUUUGCAUUAAGAUUAUUGGAAAAGGUAAUUGAUAUUUAUGGGGACGCUCUUUCUACUAGAGAGGCUGUUGGAUCUCAACUGUCAGAAAAAGGAAUUUUGCAAAUUCUAUUAGACUUGAGAUUUGCCGCUGAUGUUCUUUCUGGGGCUGAUUCCAAUAUGACUGAGGAAUUCUCUGACAGCCAAAAGCCAAAGUAUCCUUUUAGACGGAAGCAAGAACAAGGCCAGAAGAAGUCUGUCAUUAGAGAGCGUGUUGAUGGGUUGGUAAACCGUCUUUCACAAAGAUUGGAUCCCAUUGAUUGGCUUACGUAUGAGCCAUAUCUCUGGGAAAAUGAGAGGCAAUCAUACCUACGGCAUGCUGUCCUCUUUGGAUUCUAUGUGCAACUUAAUCGAAUGUACACGGAUACUGUUCAGAAGCUGCCUACUAAUUCAGAGUCCAAUAUUAUGAGAUGUUCUACAGUUCCUCGCUUUAAAUAUCUUCCAAUCAGUGCUCCAGCGUUAUCUUCAAGAGGCACAACUAAGACAUCUAUAACAGCACCUUCAGAUGAUAUCUCUUCAAGAACAUCCUGGAAAGCUUAUACAAAUGGUGAUCUUUCCCGAAAGAUGGAUUUGGAUGAUAACUCCAGUUUUGGUGUAGCGGCACCAUUACUAAAAUCUUUCAUGCAGGUUGGAAGCAGAUUUGGAGAGAGCACAUUCAAAUUGGGAUCCAUUCUAACAGAUGGACAAGUAGGUAUAUUCAAGGAUAGAUCAGCAGCUGCCAUGUCAACAUUUGGUGAUAUAUUACCUGCCCAAGCUGCAGGUCUUCUUUCGUCAUUCACAGCUUCCAGAUCAGACUCGUGAUUGCCCACUAGAUCCUUCACACCUGUGUCUUGUUUUGUCCAUGGAUAUUCAGUUUGGGAGCAACGGUGGAGUUCACUAAACACAUAAGGACCAUGAUACAAAAAAGUAAGUCACCAUCCCAUCUCUAGUAGCAAAGAUUAUGCAUAUGUAUAGAUAGGAAUCAAGAAAUUUUGAGAGAAUUUUCCCAGAAGUGAGAAGAUGGGGGGAUCAAAGAGUUGGAAGUUGUGUUCAAAUAAAAAAGAUGAUAUAGUUCAAAUAUAAAUUGUUGUCCAAGAUCUGCCAUCUUGUUUCUUUUUUCCCCUUAGUUAUUGUGAAGUUAGAAAUGUAUGAAGUACAUAGAGACCAUCACUUUACUGAAAAAUUACAGAAAUAAAGAAUGUGAAGCCCUGUAGGUGAAGUUUUCUUUGGUUAAUGUUAAGAGGCAGAAGAUGUGGUGUGGAGGGGAAGCUCUAGCUACUUGUUGUUGGUCAUUUUGUUCUUUAUGGACGUAGCCCACCAAGUGAGACUUUGUUUCUAGUGAAGUGGUUUCAUAUUUAUGGCAAUUGGACAAAGAUAUGGGGUUGUUCCCCGUAAAUGUAUGUGCAAGAUGGACAUCAAGAGCUUGUGUGGUUCAUCAUCAACUGGUCAAGAUGGUAGCCUUCUUUCUCUUUAUCACAUUUAUUGGAUCCAAUGAAGGAUAUUGCAUAAGACAUUGCAUGGUUGGUAGCUAAGAUCUGAAGCAGUGAUAUUGAGUGCUUUAUUGCUCAACGGAUUUGGUCAGAGUUGUAUGGAAGUCUUUUCAGAGAUUGGGGGUUUUGAUGGCCGUAGGUUUAGUUCUUUGGGGCUUGAUCUCUUGUUAGUUUUAUUCUUUCAUAUUCAUUUCAUCUGUUUAAAAUGAUACUUCGUAUACCGCCUAUGUAUUCUUUCCUUUUGUGCACUUGGCACCACAAUUUUAAAUGUUACCUUUAGUCAAAAGAGCAAAACUAAAACGAAGAGAGACCGUUAUUGUGUGGAACGAAACAUAACAGGUCCCACCUGAAUUGCUUUGCAUGUUUUGAUGGACAAAAUACUUUUCUUGAGAAUGUUGUGUCUGAAUCCUUUGUUUAAUUGUA